UUGAAGUAUACCGAAUUAUUCAUUAAGAUGUUCGUGUAAUUCUCAGAACCGCCUUCCUUGCUCUAAUAAAAUCGUAUAUUGUGUUUCAGACAGUAUUUAACCGAGACCGAAAAUGUCGGACAGAUCGAAAAAAAUGCUAGCGUUGGGCAGAGCUAAUCAGCAGCUAUCAGCACGAUUCAAGAUCGCGCCAAAACGUAAAACAAAUACUGAUUUAGAUAAUGAUGCCAUUUUCAAAGAUCCAGACUACGAACCUAGUAGCAGCGGAGUUAAAAAAAAAAAAAUUUGUUCAGAUAAGAAAUUAAACAAUAAGAAGCAUGUACGACGAUUGUUUGAUUCCCCGGCUAAAAUGACCGCAUGCGACCAUAACAAGCCAGAAAACAAUAAUAUAGAACCCUCGGUAGAAAUAUCAGAACAUAUUUUACCAGCGAUUGAAAGAAAUGUAGAGCAAAGUUCUAAAGGAUAUGAAAGAAUUAAUAUAGUGUCCAACAUCUCAAUUCGUACAGUAACUGAUAAAAGUUCAGAAGAUAUUGCCAGGGAAGUUUUGACCAAUAUAAUUAAUAAUGCUAUAGAAAUUGGCGAAAAGAUUAAACAGAAAAUGUAUACAAAGAAAGGAACUAUUCGAAAAAGAAUUAAAUUUGAAACCACACUGAAAGAAAGAAAAAAUAAUAAGAAUAAGGACAGACUUGCGAAGUUUGUCCUCAGAGAAACAUGUGCGAGUGGGUGUGUACGUAAAUGUUCAGAAGUCAUCAAUAAAGGGAGACAAAUGAAUAUUCAUUCUCAGUAUUGGCAAUUGAACCAAACCCAACAACACCAGUUCAUAUUUACUGCCGCAAAGAAAACCAUGAAAAAAAAAGAAAUGUGUAGGAGAAAACUCUAGAAGGAAUAAAACGAUAAAAUAUUACUUAAAAGACGAGCAAGGCAUAGAUUUUCAAGUGUGCAAAAAGUUUUUUUAGGAACGUUAGGGUAUCAGUAUAAAAAUGAUCGCAUCGUAAGGGAUGUUCUCUCAAAAACUUCACCAGAGGAACUUACAGUACAACCUUCCAAGAAAGGUCACCCAUCGGAAAAAAAAGUAGAUAGGACAGCCAUAUCGGAUCAUAUAAAAUCUUUUAAACCCACAAUUUCACAUUAUCGGCGAGAACAUGCUCCAAAUAGGCUCUAUCUCCCGAGUGAUAUAAAUAUUAAAAUGAUGUAUGAAGACUUUUUGGUCAAAAAUUCUGACUAUAAGAUUUCUUACGAACUCUAUAGACAAGAAGUAAAAAACAUGAAUAUAUCGUUUGCAGUGCUUGGCAAUGAAGAAUGUUGGCAAUGUGAAUCCUUCAAUAAUCAUGCUAGAGCCUCACCCCACUCUAAAGAGAAUAUAAUUUUUGAUUGCGAGCACUGCAAGAUAUUUGACGAACAUAAUAAAAAUGCCAUUCUAGCACGCCAAGAAUACAAAAAAGAUGCGUUGCUUAAUAAUACUUGUGAAUCAACAAGUGUAUUCGUUUCCGUCGAUUUACAGAAGGUUAAAUAUAUUUUUUAUUAAUUUGCGUGAACUAUAAUAGUUAAUAAUAUAGGUACUUUUCUUUGGUUUUAGGUUAUUAUGCUUCCAAGAUGUGAUAUGUUCAAAGAAAUAAUAUUUGUUCCAAGAAUAAUUUGCUUUAACGAAAGUUUUGUCCCUCUUGGCAAACAAACCAAAACUAAACAGCCAGUCGCUGUUAUCUGGCACGAGGGUACUGCAGGACGAUCACAAGGUGAUAUAAUAUCAACAUUCAAUAAAUUUUUGCUUCUGAACAGAGAUGCGAUAGAGAUUACAAUAUGGAUGGAUAACUGCGCAGCUCAGAAUAAGAACUGGAUGCUGUACUCUUUUUUUGUCUACUUUAUAAAUUCAAAACAAACAUCUCUGAAGCAAAUUAAAUUAAAAUAUCUGCAAACGGGUCACACGUUCAUGAGUGCCGAUUCCUUUCACCACCAGGUAGAGAAAUCUUUAAAACAAAAAGGAAAAGUUUUAGAUUUUGAAGAUUAUAAGAAUUGUAUUCAAUCAUCAA